AUGCAUCGAGUAGCUUCCUCUAAGCGAGCAAAUCUCUCUAAACAACGUCCCUUCUUCCUCACUCACCCUAAAGAAUCUACAACUGUCCCACAAAAACCAAAGCCGCUGGUUCCGAAAGUCACCCCACUGAUGUCCCUGAAACUGGCGAACCACCGGAAAACGGUCGCUUUCCCUUUUCCCAGAGCGGGCAAGGUUCUCCGACCCCCAGACCAGUUAGCAUUCCAGCCUCCUCGCGGGAAAAGGUACAGUAGGCAAAACCCCAAGGAACUCCCCGUACUCGGACCGCAGGACGUCCAAACGGGUGCAGAAGCCCAAACCCCAAAUCGCGAGCAAGGGGAAGGAGCCGUUUCAAAACAUAACUCCAGUGGGUACCCAGGUUCAGGACACCCCUCUUAUCCUAAGCAUCUUGAAAUUUCUGGUGAACAAGUGCUAAAGUGCAUGUACACCAACUGCCUGAGCCUUGGCAACAAGGUACUUGAACUCAGACAAAAGAUUAAAGAUGUCCAGCCACAUAUCUUGGCGCUAACGGAAACAUGGCUAUCUCCGGAUAUCUUGGACGCGGAAGUCAAAAUAGAUGACUAUACACUUUUAAUGAGCGAAUCAAACCGAGGUCGCGCCGGUGGUGCAGCUAUCUACUUGAGUCAGUCCCUUCCUCCAGUUGUCAUAGUCCCCCAAGAUCCCAUCCCCAUGAUUGACACUCUGUGGGCAAACCUAUCUCUCUCCAACAGAGAUUCCGUGUUACUAGAUGUCAUCUAUCGCUCCCCAACCAGCGACCAAACACAGGCACAGGCCCUUCUAAACCAACUUCGCUAUCUUUGA